GAAGUCGAGGUCCUACACUGACGACAUCAAGAGGCGACGAAGGCAAUGGAUGAUGGUUUGUCUUGGUGGUUCAUUCCCUUGUAGUUACCCAGUAAUCAUAUAGCCAAAAUAAGUGAUAGUACAUACCAAGAUCUUUAUUGUUGUAAACGUCAGCAUCGUUGGAAUUACUUUUUGCACAAUGGCGCUGAAGUCGGGGGAAGAGCGCCUGAAGGAGAUGGAGGCGGAAAUGGCGCUGUUCGAGCAGGAGGUAUUGGGAGGCCCAGUUGCUGUGACUGCUGGAGCUCCUACGGUAGUUGAGAUGCCUGUCGCCCUUGCUGUACCAGCUAUGCCAAUGAUCAGACCUAUCAUUGGUACAAACACCUACCAACGGGUACAGCAGAGCUUGGAGGCACGGGCGGCCACUUUAGUUGGACCUCCCCCUACCUUUGUUGGUCCAGUGCCUCCAGUCAGACCUCCCCCUAUGAUGAGGCCUACUUUUGUACCACACAUCCUGCAGAGACCAGGUCACCGAAUGCCAAUGAUGCGUGGACCCCCACCUCAGGGCAUGAUGGCUCCGCCGCUGCCCCGGCCCCCUCCCCCUCCCCCCAUGAUGCUGGCCCCUCCCAUGGCUGGCCCCCCUCAGCACUCCAUGGGGCCCAUGGGUCCAAUGCGGCCCCCAAUGGAACCCAUGAACUCCAUGACCUCAAUGCCUCCUGGAAGACCUGGUCUUCUUCCCCAGCAGGUCGGGGGAAUGGCUCCCAUGGUGUCCCCACCUCCACGGCCAGUGACUCAGCCGCCACCCAAAGCGACCCCCAGCGUGAUCCAGGCCGCACCCACAGUCUAUUCCGCGCCUCCCACAUCUAAGCGGCAGGACCUCCGAGCGCAACGGCAGGCACGCAUGGAGGAGCUGGCUGCGUCGGUAGCGGAGCAGCAGGCGGCGGCGGUGGCGGCGGGGCUGCUGGAGGCUAAGAAGGAGGCGGCGGCAGCAGCGGCAGCAGCAGCAGCGGCGGCGGCAGCCGCCACAGACGACAGCGUGAUCGGGCCGAGCAUGCCAGAGCCAGAACCGGUCCAGACAGAGCCAGCAGAAGGGAAUGCGGAGGAGAAGAAGAAAGGAAAACAGGAGAAGGUGAAGAAAUGUAUUCGAACAGCAGCAGGCACAUCCUGGGAAGAUCAGAGUCUACUAGAAUGGGAAUCAGAUGACUUCCGGAUAUUUUGUGGUGACCUUGGUAACGAGGUGAACGAUGACAUCCUGGCACGAGCCUUCAGCCGCUACCCGUCUUUCCUGAAGGCGAAAGUGGUCCGGGACAAACGCACGGGCAAAACAAAGGGCUACGGCUUCGUCAGCUUCAAGGACCCCAACGACUAUGUGCGCGCUAUGAGGGAGAUGAAUGGAAAGUAUGUAGGUAGCAGGCCGAUCAAGCUACGCAAGAGCAUGUGGAAAGACAGAAACAUGGAAGUGGUGCGGAAAAAACAGAAGGAGAAGAAAAAACUUGGACUCAGAUGAAGACAUUACAUCUUAUUUGUAUGGGUGUGUGUGUGUUUGUUCUUGUGCGCGCGUAUGAGUGUGUGUGUGUUCAGUUGUGUAUACAGGACAUCACCUAAGCCCACAAAGAGGAUCCAUGCGUGGCAAGAACCCUUCUCCACAUGGAGAAGUAGUGUGUGUUGGAACACCUCUGCUCUUCCAAGCAGCAUGAUGGAUUAGAAAUGUAGUGCUGUCUGGAAGACCUGACUCUGUAUGGGCCAUGUCCUUUUCUCCCAGGCCCCCCUCCCCCCCGCUUUUUUUUUUUUUUUUUUUAAAUGACCCUGGUCUGUGAAUUGCAUAAUCUAGAAUGCUCUCAUUGUUAGUAUAGAAUUGUUUUUGUUUUGGAAUUAGAUUGUUCUAGAUUGGCAGCUUCUUAGUACUGAUGACAGACUGUCUUAGUACUGAUGGGUGUUCUGAUACUGAUCAGGUUUUUAAUGUCAUCUUAAGAAGCUAUGUGAAAUCAGUUGUUGAGAAAGGGUUAAUGUGAGUUUGUUCUGUACAGGGGGUAUUCAAAUGGCAUGGUUUAGUGACACCUGGGUAAGUUAACUCUAAGUAAGUGAUAAACCACCUACAACAAGAGCCCUAUGGCAUUGUUUUGUGUAAUGUAAGAACCAUCCAACAUUUCAAAUAAAACCCUGAAAUGGCUUUACCUGGGCAUGUCUU